UCAUAUUUUUUGCAGCAUAACUUUCCUUAAAGUGAUAACAGCUCAGAGUACAGUGGUGAUUCUGAUACAGAGCAUGGAGAAAGGCCACACACAGAUACUAUGUACAGAGAUUAUGAUGUUCAGUAUUCACAGCAUGGGCCAGGGAGCUAUAUUACAUCCCCAAAGCACAAGAAAAAUGCAAAUGAUUAUGGUGGUUAUAGUAACUACAGUGAUGGUAACUACAAUGAGGAAGAAGAAGAUUUUGUUGAACAGCUGAAACACUACAGACAAGCAAAGGAGAACACAAAUGUGGCUGAACUACAAUGUGAAAGGAAUUCAGCAAGGACAUUAGGACAUGAACAACAGACAGAUUUUCUUAUGGACGAGGACGUGGCAACAAGAAAAAAUUUAAAGGCCGUGGAAUAGGUUAAAUGAAGGGCCAAAUCCUCAUUUUCAAGGUGGCUUUCAAGAGGAUACAAAGCCAGUGAAGAAGUCGGUAAACUUAAAUCAAGAGUUCAUUAGUCUGCAUACAGUGGAGCACAAAGGAAAGCAGAUCUGCAAAUAUUUUCUGGAAAAUGUAUCGAGGUAGUCUUCUAAUUUGCAUACAUUGUUAUCCAUAAUUGCACUUUUAAUGCUCAUACAUAAUGUUCCACCAGUUCAUCGUGUUGUAAAACAGUGGCGGUUAAGAAAGAGCUAAACUAACUGUCAGCAUACCCUUCUGUACAUUUUUGUACCCAGAUCAGAUGGCCCUGGUGGAGCUGUGUGGUUCAUAUCAGUUUGUAGAA